UAAUGAUUUACAAGCAGCAAAAACUGAAAUCAUUAAAUUGAAGCAAGAUAACCAGAAUUUAGAGGCUGCUAAUUCUCUUUAUGCUCAACAAAUUAAGCUUAUCGAUACAAAAAAAGAAAAAUUAAAUAAUCAGCUAAGUCAAAAUAAAAUUGAACACAUUGAUUUACAAUUUUGUGAAAUUAAAUUAAAUAAUUUAGAACAACAAUUAAUUAAUCUUAAUCAGACAAUUAAAUAG